AUGACACACGAAUCACUUUCUCUCGUGGCAAAUGAAACGGAGAAGGAGAAGUCGACGGAAGAAAGAGUGAGCAGCGGCGGACAGAACGACUUCCCGGUACGUGUUUCUUUGGAAAUAUUACGGAACAGAAUGUCCGUAGCCUUUAUUCCAAACUAGUAGUUAUAAUAAAUCGAAUCACGGCACCUCCCGAAUAGUGAACAAACAGAAAGCCGUCAACUUAUUUGCAAUUCCUAAUCGUGAGCCCACACACAGAGCCGGCUGUCCGCUCUUCCCGACGUCGUCCUCCACCACUUGGCGCCUUUCCUCAUCUGGACCUCGCGUCGCUCACUCUCGCAAAUGAACUCUCGCCUUCGAAGCCACUAUGCACCUCUUCUGAAAGAUGCCGGAUCCCUGUCGAUCAAGGGAAACGUGCCAGUCGGUGUAGGUGUUAGAAGGGGCGAGAGUCAGAGUGUCUCUUAUCUUUCUGAGUUCUACAUUGUUCAAGUCGAAAUGGGAGAAGACAUGCACGUCGGAUGGACGAUUGAGCUGGAGAGUAGAGUACGGACGGUGGUGCACAGAAUGGAAAACGGGAAGACUACGAGCAAGUCGGUGCCGAUUCCCUCCAGCGAAUACUUGGAAAAGAUUAUGACCUGGUUGCUCGACAGAUAUCGUUUCACCAAGAUUCACUUGGGAGUUGUGAGUCUUUUCCAGUUCUCGACCUUUCUAUAUUUCAUAGUCUUUUAAGAGCGGUUUGAGCCGUUUAUUUCAACGAUACAUUGACAAAGUUGACGACCUGGGAGUGUCGGAUGAAGUGGAAUAUCUUGAAUUGGCUCAAAGAUUCAAACCGAGAAAGUUGACACUUUUCCAGCCGACACACAAUAAUCUGAGGAGAGGAGUUUUGGAUCUCAAGGUACACACAUUUCUUCAAGCAUUCUAUUCACUCGUAGUUUUCAGAAGUUUCCACAACUCGAAGAACUCGUUUUGUACGGAAUCCCUCUGAAUUUGGAUGAACUCGUGUCUUCUAGGCUGCUCAAAGUCACUGCGGACACCAUAAACGAGAAAAUACGAUUGAGACAUGCCCAUCAACUCAUUGAGGUUCGCGUUUCCACUCACAUUCUACAAAAAAACCACGUUUUUAGAAUUGGAAAAACGGUGUUAUCAACUAUAAAAAGAUCGUUAUCAGCAGCGAAACGGCACGAAUCCCAGUGAGAGUACCCCAUCAGCAAUGGGCAAUUCUGCAUGAUGAGCACGAAGAAACGGAUUCAUUUUGUGACGACGUCGUGAAUAGACAUCAGAAGAUGGGAUCAUUCCGGUAUUCGCCCAAUUGCUUCGAGUUCAUUUCAUGGGAUGAAAACGGAGGAAUGGAACCGUCUCAGUGGUGA